UUUAUCAAAGGCGGGUAAGCUUACUUCUCUGCGGCCAAGUAAUAAAUGCAAGCGUACAAACUAGUUUAUCCCUCACUCUCUCUCUCUCUCUCUCUCUCUCUCUCUCUCUCUCUCUGUUUGAAUUUUCCAGUGUAUUCUUGGGUUUUGAUCCCCAAAACUCUCUCUCUCUCUAUCUCUCUCUCCUUUAGAGCUUUCAUUUUCUUGCGUUUCCAAGAAACACACCACAGAUUGGUUUCUGGAUCGGUGUUUAUUUCGGAGACUCGCUGGUCUGUCUAUGUGGUCUUUUGAUGGAUUAUAAAGGAAAAAAGCAGACUUUGAAUUUGAGAAGCAGAUAUAGAUGCUAAAGAAUUUAAUGGAAGAUAAGCAAUUGGAUUUUAAUCAGCCAUUUCUAUCAGUGAGACGAUUCUCGUCAACGGUGGUCUCAUCUGAAGCUGAUGAAAGAAAGAAAGCUGAUAAAUCAAUACCCAAGUUACCUCCUCUUCCAGUUUACAAGUCAGAGUUGAAAUCAGGUCCGGUAAGGCACCCAGGAGCUGUUCCUUUUCUAUGGGAGCAAACCCCAGGAAGACCCAAGGAUGAGAGCAAUUCACAAACUAAGGCUCCAGAACAGCGUCUUCUUGCCCCCAGGCUUCCACCUGGAAGGGUUUCAAAUGUUAAACAGCAAGCUUCAGAUAAAGGUUCUAAAGGUACAGCAGCUACUCGGUCCCAUAAUGGAAAUUUCCUUUCCAGUUCCCAGGAUGUAUCAAACUUGGAUGAGAAAAAUGCAACACUCUAUGAAAGCUCUAAAGAGGGAACACAGGAUAAGGGUAGUUCUGGAUCAGACGACGGUGAUGAGGCCUAUUUAGAUGCACUUGAUACACUUUCUAGGUCUGAAUCAUCCUAUAUGAACUGCAGUGUAAGUGGUGUAAGUGGAUUGGAUGGUCCAAAUGUCAAACCGUCCGGAAUCUUCUCAACAGAUCCGCAGACUCAGGAUUUCAUGAUGGGUCGAUUCUUGCCAGCAGCAAAAGCAAUGGCAUCAGAAACACCUCAAUAUGGUACUAGGAGACAACUGGUUGCAAGGGAGCAGUCCAGACAGGUUAAGACUGUACCGAGUGAGGAGAAAAGGCAUCCUCUUAAUCAGUAUAGGCCAAAUGCCUUUCCCCGUUAUGCUCAAGAGAUAUAUGAGGAAGGAAGUGAGUAUGGAGCUGAUGAUUACGAUGGAUCGGAAAAUAUUUCAGCUACAGUUUGUGGGUUAUUUCCUCGAUUUUGCCUGAAGAAUUCCUUUUGCCUUCUGAAUCCAGUACCCGGGAUGAAAAUGCAGGCACAGUUGCCUGUUUCUUCAGUCUAUAGAAUGCAAACUAAAUCCUCAUGUGCUGGUUCUCGUGGUGAAACAGAAAAAAAGUGUGCUGGAGAGCCUGUACGUGAGCAAAGAUCAAUGAAUAGGCAACAAGCAGUUAUUGAAUUCCAAUGUAAUUCCAAACAUAUUGUGGAAAAAAAUGAUUGUCAGAAACUAGAUGGAUCAUCUCUGUAUAGACGUUUGCAGGGUAAUGGCUUAUUAUCUUGCCAGAAUGGAUAUUCACAACCUAGCAUUCCUGAAGAAAAAGGUAUUCUGGUUAUACCAGAAAAUGCAAAGAAUCACAGAGCGAAUGGCUUUGAUAUGCACAGAAAAGGCCCAAAGAAUUUUCGAGAAUUGUUGACCAUUGAAAACACUGAAUGGGAAUUGCAGUCAGGAAGUCCUGUGGUUGAGAAGACUGUCUAUGUAGAUUCUGUGCAUAUAGAAAAAUCUCCGAACUUAAAUUCAAGUUCUUUGGAUAUGAAGGGUUUUACUGAUUUCUGUGGGAAUGAUUUGGAUAUUCCUGGAAAAGGUAGUGACAUGAAAGAGAACAUUUCAAUAGAUUCUUCAGUUCAAGAUAUUCAACACUUGAUUGUUGUGAAUGAAAAGGCAAUUAUAGAGCCUAAAAGUUUGGAGUCCUUUGAUUCCUGUUCCAUGUCCUUCUCUGACAGAUCCACUCGUGAUAUAGAGAUAGGCAUGAAAAAUUGUUCCAGACACCAUGAAGAUCUUAUUCAGGAUUAUAUUGCAUUGAAGAACUCAAAAGUGGCUGACCAAGAAAAUUUUGAUCCAGAAAGGAAACAGUUUGGGAAGUUAGGUGGUCAAGAAAGUUCUUGUGUCUUGCCUGAGGAUUCUUUAUCUUUGGUGUUCUUAAAAGCUGCCGAUGAUAAGGAAACUGAUACAGAAAGCAAAAAGGCCAUGGAAUUGGGUGAUCAAGAAGGUCUUUAUGCUCUUCGAAAGGAUCCAAUUCCAUUGGAAAGCUCAAGAAUGACAGUUGAUGAGAAGAUUAUGAACUCAAAAAGCCCAGAGCCUAAGAAAUCGUAUAUUGAGGAAAGUUCUCAUGCUCUUGUUCAAAGUUCCAUAACAAAACUGGCCAGCGACAAGAAGAUUGAUUUAGAAAAUGAGCGGAAUGUGAAAUUAAGUAAUCAAGGAAAUGCUCAUGGGAGCCUUUUGCACAAGCCUCUUGCACUGCCUCUACCAAAAUCUCCAUCAGAAUCAUGGCUAAAGCGUACUUUGCCCACCAUUUCUUUAAGGAAUACAACUUAUUCUUCACGGUCUUCACUUGCUGCACGUGGCAGUCAGGUUUCCAAGGCAUCCAAUCUUGACCCCAAGUGGGAGACAAUAGUUAAAACUUCUAAUGUACACCAUGGCCAUUUGCGUUUCUCUGAGGAACUUCUGACUCCUAUACCUGAAGCUUAGAAAUGCGGAAGCCUUUCUGCAGUCUCCCAAGCAUUUGCCUCGAUGAGAAUGGGGCCCUUCUUUCAUGGAUUUAAUGGCGCCAAGAUAUGCCUUUUUUUUUUUUUUUGGCCCCCCCACAAGAAAUUAUAUUCUCCUCCAUGUUGUCGGUUGAAUUCUUUUACCAGAACCUAGUAUAUAAUGAUACCUGUAAAUCAAACCGCCCUUUUCUUAAUUACCCAAAAAAAAAAAACAAAAAACAAAUGUCCUUUUCUCAUUUUGUAAAUUUCAUAAAUUUUUUUGAGCUUCAAAGUCUGUUCUUGUAAAGUGGAACUUAUGUAAACGAGAACUAUAGUGUAUUUCUUUCAUAUCUAAUAAAAGGAAUAAAAUGCUACUUUAUAA